AUGUUCAGCCGUGGUAUUUUAAAGUCUUGUAGGGGAUUAGCAGCUCAGCAAUCACGUAAAUACGCUAGCUCUAUUCCUCAACCAGCCACACAGGUCACUACAUUACCAAAUGGCCUCACUAUCGCCACUGAGCAAAAUGACACAAAAUCUGCCACAGUUGGCGUUUGGAUCGAUUCUGGCUCUAGAGGUGAAUCUAUAAAGAACAAUGGUACAGCUCACUUCUUGGAGCAUAUGGCUUUCAAGGGUACUAACCGCCGCUCUCAAUACGACCUCGAAUUGGAAGUUGAAUCUCUUGGUGCUCAUUUGAACGCAUACACUUCUCGUGAACAGACCGUUUAUUACGCAAAGUCUUUCUCCCACGAUGUCCCUAAAGCCGUUGACGUUUUGUCGGAUAUCCUUCAAAAUUCCAAGCUCGAUUCAAAAGCAAUUGAGCGUGAAAGAGACGUUAUUCUUCGUGAAGAGGAAGAAGUCAAUAAGCAAGUUGAAGAAGUCGUUUUCGAUCACCUUCACGCUGUUGCUUUCCAAGGCGAGCCACUUGGUCAAACUAUCCUUGGCCCUUCACAAAACAUUAAAUCACUUACCCGUGAUCAACUCAGUGAUUACAUUAAGAACAAUUAUCACGGUGAUAAGAUGGUUUUGGCUGGUGCAGGUGGUGUCUCACAUUCUCAACUCGUUGAAUUAGCCAACCAACACUUCGGUAACCUUUCCAGCUCUCCAAACCCUCUUCCACUUGGUACUAGACCUUCUGCUGAACACACAAAGUUCACCGGUUCUGAGGUUAGAAUUAGAGAUGAUAGCUCACCAACUUGCAAUCUCGCAAUUGCUGUUGAAGGUGUCAGUUGGUCUAGCCCUGAUUACUUCCCAAUGCUCGUCAUGCAAUCCAUCUUCGGUAACUGGGAUCGUAGCUUGGGUGCUUCUCCACUUCUUUCAAGCAAAUUAUCACACAUUAUCAGUGAAAACAAUCUAGCAAACAGCUACAUGUCAUUCUCUACUUCAUACAGCGACACUGGUUUAUGGGGUAUUUACUUAGUAUCUGAAAAUUUGAUGAACUUGGAUGACUUGGUUCACUUCACCCUCAAAGAAUGGCAAAGAAUGUCGAUUGCACCAACUGUUGCUGAAGUUGAACGCGCCAAAUCUCAACUCAAAGCUUCCUUAUUACUCGGAUUAGAUGGAUCAACUGCAGUAACUGAGGACAUUGGUAGACAAAUUGUCACCACAGGUAAGCGUAUGACCCCAACUGAAAUUGAAAACGCAAUCGCCGCUGUAACUCCAGAAGAGAUUAUUAGAGUCGCCAACAAGUACUUAUGGGACAAGGACAUUGCAAUUGCUGCGCACGGUCGCACUGAAGGCUUACUCGAUUACAACAGAAUUAGAGCAGACAUGUCUUCCAUGUUAUACUAA